AUGGGACGUCUUGCGGCUGCAGCCACCUUGGCUGCACGACGACAGAGAUCUCAUUUCCCGCCCGAAGCCGCGGUAGUUGACGCAGGCCCCACCCUCUUCUCUCUCGAGUUCCCUCACUGCGACCACACUGCCAGGGACAGCGACAUCUUCAAUGACGCCAUCCUGGCCGUGUUGUUUUGCGACGCGGACACGAGGCCCUUCUUCCUAGUUCACGUGUCGUCUUCUGCGCAAAUGCUACGAUACGAAUAUGCGGGUUGGGUGAUUCGGCGUUUCAUCUCCUUCGGUGACGACGAUGACCCCAAGUCCACCAUGCGAGAAUCCACCCGAGAAACCAGGAUCUUGGUCCCCCCCUCUCGUGAGAUGACGGUAACUGGGAUGUUGGAAGUGGCGCUGCGCUAA